CACCCACCCACCCAUUUCCGUGUCGUGACUUGCAUCCCCUCCUCCCCAAAAAUUAAUUCCGGCCAAAAUAUACCUCCUCUCAUCCUCAUUGCCACCGCCGCCACAGAAGGGUUUGUAGAGCCUCUUCCCUGGAUUCUCCAAUACACACACAGAUCUAUCGCCCAACACCGUCGCCGCUCUAGAGUCCCAACUCCAUACAUCAAAAUCCGGAGCCAGCGCCCACCAUGGAGGAUUUUCUUGUCUAAAAUCCGUUCACCACCAUUCACAAUGAUCCACCGGAGCCACGGUUGCGGAAACAGAACCGGCAAGCUGACCUCGUUCUUCCUCCGCCGCAGAGCGCAACACCCAGAUCCGUCCGAUUGGCGAACAAACGGGCUCUCUACACCGCCGCAGGAGAGGAGAAUGUCGGCGAACAGACGGGCUCUCUACACCGUCGUUCUUCCUCCGCAGCAGAGCGCAACACCCAGAUUCGUCGGAUUGACCACUGUUGAAUCUUGAUGAUUCUGCCCCUCCGAUUCCUCCUGUUAUCUAUGCAUCAAUCGAUCUGUUUCUCUUUUCCUCUAUGUGCUCAGAAAUUUGAGGGGAUUUCUCUUGAUUCUUUUCAUUAUCAAUCUUUGGUCUCGAUGGUGGCCUUGUAGGCGAUCUGCUGAGAAUGAUGGGAAGCAAAUCGACUUCAAAUUUGGAGUCAGCGGGCAAAGAACAGAGUCCAUUUAACGAAGAAGUCCCUGAAGCACGACUGCGACAUAGUCAAAUCUGCCAUUGAAGUGGAGCUGAGAGACCCUAAAUCUCGCCAUUGAUUGGAUCUGGGAAAUUAAAAUCGUCUUCAUUGCCGGGUCGGAUUGGGGGAAGAAGGAGAUGAUGCGGCGGCUUCAUUGCUUGGAAAAUGGAAAAUGGAAUCGUCUUCAUUGCCGGGUCGGAUUGGGGGAAGAAAGAGGUGAUGCGGCGACUUCAUUGCCUGGAACUGGAAAUCGGAAUCGUCUUCGAGAUUUUUUAGAGAAAGAGACGGUGAAUCGGUAGGGAAGAAGAAUAGUGGGAUUUUUCAUUAUUUUUUUUAUUUUGGCUUAAUAAUAUAAUUGAAUUUACAGUUUUUUAAUUAUAACUCAAUUUUUUUUUAAUUUGAAUUAGAAAAAUAUGAGAUCAGUGACGUGGCAUCUAUGUGGCAGCCACAUUUUUUGCCACAUCAACAAAAGUCAACUUCGCGUUGACCACCGUUUGGUCAACCGUUAUCUUUAACGGUCAACGAAAUUGACAAGAUACAAAUGACACAAAGUACCAUAGUUCAGGACAUGAAUGGAAUAUUGAAAACAAUAGGACACAAGUGGCAUUUUCCGGAUAGUUCGGGUGUUGUAGUGGUAUUAGCCCAUUAAAUUUCAUACCUCUCGUUGCCAACUCCUUAUCAUACUAUACCACCCUGGUACGGGGUGGUAUUUUUCCUACCAUAUGGUAUGCUCUUAUUUAAUACCAGUCAAUACCAUAUAGUAUAGACUGGUAAUAACUAGCUCAAUUUUUUUGUUCAAAAAAUAUCAAAGUGGAUAUUAUUUUGAAGAGCACAAUUAAUCUGAUCUAACUGUGCAAAAAUAUUUAAAUUUCGACUUCAAACGAGUGGGAAAUCGUCCGUUAAAGAUUAAAAGAGGGAAAAUUAAAGGCUUUCCGAGGAAAGAAAAGACACGUGACUGGGUUAUGCAUUGAGUUAUUGUUAUUGACCAGGGUUAAAUGCAUCGGAUGCCACUUAAUUGUGUCAUCUGUUGCACGCUUACCAUUUUCGUUUUUGUUUCAACUAAUGCAUACUAAUCACGUUAUGGUUGCAUCGUAAACAUUUUCGCCCAAACAGCUAAAGGCAAGUACUCAAAUUGUAAUUUCCCAUGACACGUUGUCAUUCCAUGUCAGCAUAGGUGCUGAGUCACGCCACACGAAAGCCAGGGCUACCUCUUUCUACCGCUCUUCCUUAUCGUCUUAAAUUCCCAACAACACUCUUCUUCCUCAUUUUGAUCCAAUAAAAGGUAUCUCUUCCCAAAGCUUUUCUCAACUCUUCUCUUCUCUAACCUAAAUUUCUUCCUCUUCUGUUCAAUUUCCUUCUCUUCUACUGGUUUCGGCUCCCUCCCCCAAGUUCGAAAUGGUGGCAACAUGUCCAAUGUGUCGGUGCGCUAUUCUGACGGUUCUCCGGACCUCGUGGACUGAUUCUAAUCCUGGAAGACGGUUCUUUAGUUGUGCCAACUAUGGGGUACGAUUCUCUAACCUAAUUUCCUUGCUCUUCAAUUUGGCCUUCACGACAUAUUUCCAAACAUUGUCACUGAUUUGUAAUCUCUACUUCCUUCAUCUCUUUUUUUAUUUGUAGCGACCAAAUGCAUGUAAUUAUUUUCGUUGUAUCGAACCACCAGUUGAAGAUCAUAUUAAGCGCGUCUUGUUCUUGGCCUACACAAGAGGAUCAGAGAGGUGGAGAAGAGGAUGAAUCACAACCCAAUUGUGAAUGAAAUCGUCAAAUGCUU